AAGUUAAUGGUUCCACAUAAUUUUUGGGAUUUUUAUUGGUUUCAGGGGUGAGUUCAGGGUCUUAGCGGUUAUUUAUUGUUCCUGGAGGACUGGAGAUACAACAGGUGUUAACAGGUGGAGGUAAUGGGGUGGGAAAUAAUUUUUUCAGGGUUUCUUGAGAAGUUUUGGAGGUUGGGGAGUGAUAAUCAUUGAAUAAUUGUUAAAAUUCGAUAAACAAUCGAUGGAGGAUUCCGAUAAUCAAUCAGAAGUCGAUAAAAUGAUGGACCUGGUGCUGUCGAAGGGAAGUGUCUACGUGUGGAACGCAGAAGAUUGGCUGAGCCUUCGCCAGGAGCACAGGAUAAUCGGGAACCUAGUGGGAUGUCUUCCUAGAGUCCCCAGACAGGAAGUCCUCCUGGGAUUGCCCCUACGUCUUCGUCCGGAAGAGGCUCACCUUCUCCUGGAUAAAAAAAUCGCUCGACUCGUGUCCCAGAAGACUCUCCACCAGGAACCCACUGACACUCUAGUGAAUAAAUUAAAAAACUACCGAGAAAAAUUAUUCAAAGAGCAGAACGAGUACCUGAAGAAGGAGAGAAUCAAAAUGAUUGAACUACAGAUGGACAAAAUAAUCGAGGGAAAGAGGAGAAAAUUGUACGGAUUGGACACGUCGAAGAAAAAAUUGAAGAAACCCCUGGACAAGGACACGUCUGAGGCCUUGAAGAAGAUUGACAUCGACAGGGAUGAGUUGUUCGCCCAGGAGGUGGAUAAAAUAGUUGAUCUCGAGGUGGCAGAUCAGAUCGUCCAGACCCACACAGCCUAUCCCUGGAGUCUCCCCGAGGAAAUAAAUCGAUCCGACUGGAAUUAUCCCCUCACCCCAGAGGAUGAAUUCAAGUGCAACGUCUUCGAGGACUUGUGGUCCAGAGGAUUCUACGUCACUGGAGGAGAAAAAUUCGGUGGGGACUUUCUCGCGUAUCCAGGGGAUCCAAUAAUUUUUCACUCGCAGUUCGUCGUCUACUGCAAGAAGAGAGACGAGGAGAUGUCGAUAUUGGAUUUAGUGGGUCAAUGUCGUCUUUCGACAACUGUCAGGAAGACUGCGGUGUUCGCAUGCCUGUCUGAGGACGAGGAGAAGAUCAAUUAUCAGUCGUUCUUCUGGGCGAAUUCGACUGCUAAUCCAUUUUAAUAAUUAAAAAUACGAUAUUCU